GGAGAGGUCCCUGUCUUGAUGACUCUCGAUUCGGAAAGCUGAGGCUGGUAGAAGCAGGGAGGAGGGAGUUCUUCACCCUCAGUGCAUCCUGUUCCUGUGUCCCAGGCACCUACAACUCCCCUGCUUGGCCGCACAGCUCAGGACGGGGGCCGCACAACCAUGUCUCCAGCCUCACCCACUUUCUUCUAUAUUGGGCUGUGUGUACUGCAAGCAAUUCAAGCACAGAGUGGCCCACUUCCCAAGCCUUCCCUCCGGGCUGAGCCCAGUUCCCUGGUGCCUCUGGGUCAGCCAGUCACUCUGAGGUGCCAGGGCCCUCGAGAUGUGGAUUUAUAUCGCCUGGAGAAACUGAAACCAGAGAAGUAUGAAGAUCAAGACUUUCUUGUCAUUCCUACCAUGGAAAGAAAGAAUGCUGGACGCUACCGCUGCUCCUACCAGAAUGGGAGUCGCUGGUCUCUUCCGAGUGACCAGCUUGAGCUAAUUGCUACAGGUGUUUACGCUAAGCCCUCGCUCUCAGCUCAUCCCGGCUCAGCAGUCCCUUCAGGCAAGGACGUGACCCUGAAGUGCCACAGCCAAUACAGUUUUGAUGAAUUUGUUCUAUACAAAGAGGGGGAUACUGGGCCUCUUAUGAGACCUGAGAAGUGGUAUCGGGCCAACUUCCCCAUCAUGUCAGUGACUGCUGCUCAUAGUGGGACUUACCGGUGUUACAGCCUUUCAAGCUCAUCUCCAUACCUGUGGUCAGCUCCGAGCGACCCUCUAAUUCUUGUGGUUACUGGACCCUCUGCCACUCCCAGCCAGGUACCCACAGAAGUACCAUCUCCCAUGACAGAGGCCUCCAGGAGACCUUCCAUCUUAACCACAAAAAAGGUAUCUACAACUGAAAAGCCUAUGACUAUCACGGCCUCUCCAGACGGGUCAAGCCCUCCAUUUGAUUUUGCUUAUCAGCACUAUGCCAAGGGGAAUCUGGUCCGGAUAUGCCUUGGUGCCAUGAUUAUAAUAAUCUUGGUGGGGCUUCUAGGAGAGGAUUGUCACAGUCGGAAGAAACGCCUCCAACACAGGAUCAGAGCUGGCCAAAGGCCACUACCACCCCUUCCACUGGCCUAGAAAUAACAUGGCCUUCAACAGAGGGAUUGACCAGAUGUUCAUAACCAUGGACAUCACCAUUAGAGCCACAGACAUGAACAUGAACUCAGGAGUGGGGAAGUUAUAUAAAAAAAUGAGUGUGGAGAAUAAAUAUGAGGCAGAGACAACAAGGUAGGAUGGUGAGUCAUGAGCUUUCUUGGUGCUCAGUCAAGAGUUGAGCCAACGUUUGCUUUGCUCUAAUAACUCCGCACAGGAUGGGAAAAGCCUCUUUUCUGAUAUCGUGCAUAUUGUGCAUAUCAUAAUAGACCUGAGCAAUGGCCUUUCUUCAAUCUUUUGGAUGCAAUCUAACAUGGAUUCGAGAUUAAUCUAUAAAAUACCUGGCUUUCACAGCAGACCUCUUCCAUCAUUUAUGCACAAUCUCUUGUUCUCUAAUAGGCUGUGUUCCUCUGAUAGGCCAUAGCUUUAACCUUUACCCUAAAUUCAACUUAAGUCACAGUUGGAUAUGUUCCCUUUCUAGAAAGGAAAUGUGCCCUCCAGAAAGUGGGGCAGGGUGUUACUUUUUCUUACUAUAUAAUCUAUAUGAUCUGCAUAGUCUUUUUUGUUUAUAGUAGAUAUAUUUCAAGAUUUGUACCUAAAACUAUAGAAAGUGCCAAAUCAUGUACCCAUCAUGUGUUUCCUACAUAUAGUCUUGCAUUUUGAGGCCAUUAAAAUAGAGGUAUCUGACUAGAAUGUCUGACAGUUGGUCUGCCAAACAAGGUGGCUGUUGCAUCUUCAUGAACAAGCAGGCAGUGUAUACACACCCACAACGUUGGUUUACUUUCUGAGAUGUAAUAGUCUGGGAUGGUGUGAAAUGUUUUACUUAUACAAUUUUUUCACUUAAUAUUUUCAGCAUAAGCUUGAUUAAAUGUGAUGCAAACCAUAUGAGGCAACACCAUACACACUCCUCAAAAACACACGUAUGACUUCCCUGUGUUAGAAAGAGUCUUAAUGUCACCUGAAAGGCCAGAAUAGCCAAAUUCAGAGAGAUUGGAAAUGAUCACUUCUGGGAGAUGAGGCUAGAGGGGGGGAAUGCGGGAAGAAGUGUAGUGUGAUGAAGAUUGUCGUGGAACUGGAACGAGGUGAUGGCUGGCCAGUAUUGACAGUGUGCUGAGAGCCAUUGAUUGGCUCGCUUAAAACAACUAGUCAGGCAGCUGAGCGAAGUCGAUAGGGCCACACCAGUGCAUGGGAAGAGACGUCAGAGGGUAUUGAGUUCAACGUUGGCUUUGUACUACAUACAGUCCACACCUUCAAAACAAAUGCAAUGUUACGACAUCAGAUAGCCGUAAUGUAUUGUAUAUUUAAAGGUCACAGAGCUGGGCAGCAGUGGUGCACACCUGUAAUCCCAGCACUUGGGAGGCAGAGAUAGGAGGAUUUCUGAGCUCAAGACCAGCCUGGUCUACAGAGUGAGUUAGUUCCAGGAUAGCCAGGGCUACACAGAGAAACUCUGUCUCAAAAAAACAAAACAAAACAGAACAGAACAAAAAAAUCUGGUCAAAAGCUCAUUCCUGGAGAGGUUAUAGCUCCUAGUGUAUAAUACACUACUGUUUGCUAAAUGGUCAUGUGGUCAUAUUGCCAUCUAAAUUUUAAAAUUUAUUCUUAUAGUCCUAAGCUGUUCUUAAUAUGGGACAGAGAAGCUUCUUAGGCUGCAGAAGCAAAACAAAACCACAUCUGGGCAGCCCCGUAAUCCCAGCGCUGGAGUGUUGGAGACAGAAGUGUUAGGCUCAUCGGGCAGACAUCUAGUCAGAUCAGGGGAGUACCAAGCAAAGAGACUCAGUCUCAAAAAAUAAGGUGCAGAAUGGACACCAAACACUGACCUCUGAUCUCCAUAUGCACAUGAAUGAGCAUGUAGGCAUACAUCACACACACACACACACACACACACACACACACACGGAAACGUAACUCAGUAGACAACAUCUGUACCUACUGUGACCUACCUAGAUUGGAUAUUAAAACCCUGACUAGAGGUAAUGAGGGGAUGAAGGAAGGAUAGAAAGACUGAAGAAGCUCAUCUAGGAUAUCAGGGAUCAGGUGAAUGUUUACUAUCAUUGGGCAGCAAAUACUACUUCUAGCAACUUGGAACUUCAGCAUGUUUGUGAGGUACAGCACAAGGGAAGAGCUUAGCAAAGACUGGUAGGUGACCUCUGUGGGUCUCGGUCUCAGGCUGUAAUGUUAUGGUUCCCAUUAAAGGUUUUAAUUACUAUGCUCGAGAGAGAAAAAUACAAAAGCAAAAAAAAAAAAUGCCUCUAACACGUCAGCACGUAGCUCGUUCAAGCAGUACCCUAGUAGCCCACUUCCCCCCUUUCCCCAGGCAUUGAAGGCUAGUCUUAUAAUCCAUCUUGUAUAAUAUGCUGUUCUUGCAAGACAGGUCAGAAGGUUAACUGCUAUUUCUGCUUUUGUAAUCACGCUUGCUUACCCUGCUCAAAAGGUGCCUUGGACCGCUGUAAGACAUACGUGUUAAAAUAAGCCUUUGCCUACAUGUAGGCAGAAUACACAAAAUCUCAUGGGUUUUUGCCUUUAUAAUCUCUGGGCUGAUAGGACUCUAGGCUUGGGAAUGCCCCUAAGUGUAAUCCUGGCACCAAUCAGUUCAGGUGCCAGUGCUUAAACAAAAAGCCUCCUCUCAUUACAACUUAUUCUUGAGUGACUCUGGAGUCAACACCUGAAAUAGAACAGCGGGUGUUAGGUUUUACCCACACUGGUCACUCAAUUGUACUUGGACUCUUUUUUUUUUUUUUUUUUUUGGUUUUGGUUUCUUUGACACAGGGUUUCUCUGUGUAGCCCUGGCUGUCCUGGAACUCACUCUGUAGACCAGGCUGGCCUUGAACUCAGAAAUCUGCCUGCCUAUGCCUCCCAGAGUGCUGGGAUUACAGGCGUGUGCCACCACCGGAAGGUUUUGCCAUCCCUUAGCAUUGAGUUCAUGGACUGGCAAGUGUUUGAAUAAUAAUACUAGAUUUUUUUUUUUUUUUAAUCAUGACAGCCAUGUUUUCAGCAGACACACCUCAUCGUUUUUUCCUAGAAGGCACAAAUGAGAUGCUACACAUAGGAGCGCCAAGCUAAAACUUCCUGUCUUGGAGAAAAGCUCAUUAAGGCACAGGAUGUUAAACAAUUAGUGAAACAACUGGUUGCCUAAGGCGGUGGCUCUUAAUCUGUGAGUCAAGAUCCCUUGCUGGGAGGGGGAGUGUCAAAUGAUGAGGUGGUUUAGGGGUCACCUAAAACCACUGGAAAACACAGAUAAUUACAUUGUGAUUCACGAAAAUAAUUUUAUGGUUGGGCAUUACCACAGGAAGUGUAUUAAAGGACCCCCACAUCAGGAAGAUUGAGAAGUACCACUCUAAGGGGAGGUGAAUAAUUUUAUCCUGAAGGGAAGUUUCUUAAGCUCAGAAGUAAAACCCAAUAGCUUUAGUAACCUCCCGAAACUGACAGAUACACUAGCCCCUUCCCUCACUGCCAGAGUCACCCCCAGGCUAGGUGAUCUGCCUAGAAGAGACAUUCUCCAACCUGUUGUCUCAACUACAGGUUUGCAGUGUGCUUCGGGUUUCCAGCUUUCUUGGGCCAUUUCCAGUGCUGGGGUGGGCUUCGGUGAUGUGACUAUUUUUGAGUCAUUUCUGCAUUUGUAAAUGACCCCUCACCCAUAUUUCUAUAAGAACCCCAAUAAAGCCAUUGGUUUCCCGAGUUGGA